GCCAUCAGAGGGCGGGUUUGUAGCGUUGUGUACGCAGCGUGGGGCUGCUGCUGCUAGUGAGAGGAGCGCAUGGUACACAAACCUUUCCACGGAGAUCCAGCGGCUUUAAAACUGUGCAGGGCGCAAUUAAAUCCGACAACAGCUGUGAAUGUGGUAGAAAUUGCCUUAUCAGUAGCCUACCUGUGUUGCGUCUGUCUAAUGAAAGCAGAGCUGCCAAACAAAACAAGGAGUGACUUGAAAGUGCGCAGCGGGUAACAGAAAUAAGUCCCAAAUAGAUUUAGCGCACGUGAAGAUGUCCAAAUGGGUCUCGUCGCAAUGGAGUUCGUGUUGAAGAACACGUAAGAAGAAGUCACCCUGAUUUGCCCCGUUGUUAAGGUAACUGGGAACUUGAAAAGGUGUUUUUUUCGACCGCUGGGAUGUUGUGAUCGACACGUCGCCUGGGACAGAAGGAAGAGAGGGGAACCAGGGCUGGACGAGCACCGGAGGGAUUAUGGCUCUCGCAACGUUUUCUCUCAGCCUCAUCACGCUGGCGCUUACAAACUUGCACCUGUCGAGAGCCAACGACCGGCAUGCGGUGUACUGGAACAGCUCAAACCUACUGCUGCGGAGGGAGGGCUUCACGGUGCAGGUCAGCGUCAAUGACUACCUGGACAUCUACUGCCCGCACUAUAACACCAGCCAGCGCGGGACGUUAGAGCGUACCGUGGCCGAGCAGUACAUCCUCUACAUGGUCAGCUACCGCGGCUACCGCACCUGUGACCCCCAGCUGGGCUUCAAGCGCUGGGAAUGCAACCGGCCCCACGCGCCUCACGCUCCCAUCAAGUUCUCUGAGAAGUUCCAGCGCUACAGCGCCUUCUCGCUGGGCUACGAGUUCAACGUGGGCCAGGAGUACUACUAUAUCUCCACGCCCACCCACCACCACGGCCACAGCUGCCUGAGACUGAGGGUCUACGUCUGCUGCUCCACCGGUGAGACCCAACAACCCCGUCUUACCUCCACAGUUUCCCAGGCAGAUGAUGACUCCAGUCAGACCUCUCCCGACUACACAGUCAGGCCAAACAUCAAAAUACACAACAUUGAUGAAUUUAACCCUGAAGUUCCCAAACUGGAGAAAAGCGUCAGUGGCAGCAGCCCAUCACGUGACCGCCUUCUUCUCACCGUGGCGAUGCUGCUCCUGUCUGCCGUCCUUUUGUCCUAGCGACUUGUCACCAUGAGUGACACUUGAUGCAUAGCUGGGACCGCCUUGUCCAAAGGGCUUUGUAUCCACCGAGUUGUUGUUGUUGUGAUCGUUGGCAGGAACACAGAAGAGGAUAAAGCAGAGGUGCAACAGAACCACAAUCAAAAGGACACAGAAAGAAAAAAUCCUUGAACUUAACUUCACUAGACUUUUAAAAAGGAGAGGCCUUUUUGCUGUCAUAUUUACACCAGUGUAGUUUGACACUCCAUGUGUUGUUGGACAUUAUUGUCAUAUGAAUACCGCAGCAUUUCAUGUAGGUGUGUUUGCCACAACAUGGAGACCACAGUAUUAAGCAUCAGACUUCUGUGCUGCUGUCAGGCGUGUCAGGCGUGUCAGCCAACAGGCGAGUGAGAAAGUGGACUUGUAAUGAGUUGGAUGUAGACUACACACUCUUAUUGUAGCAUGGAUAUAAAAAAAAAAUCACCUGAGGAAUUUAAGCUGCACUGGCUUUUUGUUUUGUAACUGUAAGCUUUGAAGAGGGUUGCAAACGCGGACUUUGCAGUGGAUGUUUAGGCCUUGGACCACGGACAAAGUAUGGUGAUGGAUAAAACUCAACUUAGAUCUGGUAAAAAAAUAAAUAAAAAGCAAACUGGUCUCUGGAACUGUACUGAUGUUACCUGGUCUAUAUAGGGUAUUUAUAUAGUCAGUGAUGAGUUCUGCUGCCAUUAUCCUGGACAUUGAAGAAUGUUUUCACACUGGUGUGAGGGAGCUUCUGGUAAUAACAGCCCAAAGUGUCUCUUAAGAAAUGGAAAUACUUUGAAAGGAUAUCAACAGGCCUUUCAAGAAUCCAUUUUCCCCUGACAUCAAAAAUACCCCUGGCUUUGUGAUUGGUACAGAUGCAAAGCCUGCGUUUCUUAGGAGAUAGCGAGUGCCCCCUUAGAACUAGUCUUUUGUCUGUAUUUCCUGCCUUCACACUGUAACAACCCUAGAAAAAUACAGACACUGGACUAGUAAUUUGACGGCACUUAGACGUGGUAGAUGUGUGUUUUGUUCCGAUGCAUUGACCUUCAGCACUUCGCUUAGAUUUUCCGGAUGUCAAACCUUUCUCCUCGCAGCAAUCAGCAUGAGUCAUUCAGAAUACCACUAAUUUACAAUUCUUAAAAACCUCUCUCCGCAGCAAGUUCCCUUUUAAUCCCAGACAGCCCCAUCUAUUCCUUUUCCACUUCAGAGGUUCCCAGCCAAUCAGUGCUGAUGGCCAUUACAGCAGUCACAGUCACCAUGGAGACGACCCCAUACAGUCGCCAGAGUGCGACAGGUGCCUGAGGAGAAAUGGUGCUUUGAGUCUCAAAGUAACGCUGCCGCCAUUUUGUUAGGAGCAAAAAAAACAAAACACGUGUGAAUGUGCAAAUAAAGAGAAGUUCACUUUUUUUAUAUUGUUAUACAGGACAACGUAGGCUGGCAUUAAUCAGAUUACAAUGUUUUUUUUAUUUAUUUACUUUUCAAAUGUAUUUAUUUUGAAAUUAAAGUAUAUUAUUUAUCUACCUAAUUUAUUAAUGUGCAUUUGUAGGCCUUUGCUCAAUAAGCUCUUGUGCCAUUUUUUAUUCUUUUUUUUAAACAGUGGAAUUUUUACUGCAGCAUUUUGCUUGUGUAGAUAAAUAGGCAGAUGUAAUUCAGCCUGACAAAAAGAGAGGGUUAUUGGUUAUGACUAAUCAGUAGGGAUGUACACUCAGUAACCUUACUCUCAUGUAACAGAUACUGCUAAACAGAUUAUGUUGAAGCUGAAGCGCAUGUCAUAAACCAACUGAUGCACAGACAGAGUUGAUGGAAGGGCAGCAUUCCUCAAGUGCUGCACUUGCGAAAAGGAAGGAGUCUGCAUUGUAAUGUAUAUUUAUAAUACAAACCGGUUAUGGAGUGUGUGUGUGUGUGUGUGUGUGUGUGUGUGUGUGUGUGUGUGUGUGUGUGUGUGUGUGUGUGUGUGGGAGAGAGAGCGAGGAAGAGAAAAAACGUAUGUGUGCACAUUUGUGUGCGUAUGUAUGUAGAAUGUGUUUGUCCGCGCUUUUCGAGUAUGUUGCAUUUAGGAAUUUCGUACCCGUUAAGGAGUUGUUUGUAGGAUCUGAAUAUGCAAGUGAGUAUGAGAGAAUGUGCUCUUCUGUAAUGUUAGUUUACGUUACGGGGUUUGGGAAGCGGGGCGAAAAGCAUUUACCGGUGUUGAAGACAACCACAAGAAAUGUCUUUACCUUUGACAAGAAUGAAAAAAAAACCAACAACUGUAAAGUGAUCCAAGAAUGAUUAAAACAAUGCCAAUUAAAAUCUUUUUGCAAAUUUA